AUGUCAUACACGUCAAACGCGUCAAGAAAAAUAACCAAAGGGCCGAACGAAAGGAAAAGCUCGCAGAAAAGUGUUAAUUCAAUAAAAACUUAAUUUUAAGAUUAUAAUUAUAGUCCAGUUAAUAAAAUUAUAAAAUGGCUGAAACUCCAGAGACCGUGAAAAUCAAUAAGUGGGAUGGAGCUGCCGCUAAGAAUGCUAUUGAUGAUGCUAUUAGAGAGGUGCUGACAGGAGAUCUGAAAUGUAAAGAAAGUUUUGCUCUAAUUGAUGGGCGGCUGUUUCUCUGUGCAUUAGCUGUUGGAGUGGCUCUAUAUGCAUUGCUUUGGGAUUACCUGUACCCAUUCCCACAGUCAAGACUGGUCCUCAUAAUCUGUGUCUCUUCGUACUUCAUCUUAAUGGGCAUUCUCACACUCUACACAACAUUCAAGGAGAAGGGAGUCUUUGUAGUGGCCAAGGAAAAGUCUGGCAACAUUAACAGGGUCUGGGAAGCUAGCUCUUAUGUUAAGAAACAUGAUGACAAGUACAACCUGGUCCUAGUGAUGCGCGACUCCUCCGGCAAGUCCCGUGAAGCCUCCAUUACCAAGUCGUUCGCCAACUUCAUUGAUACCAACGGAACCAUCGUCCAGAACCUCGUUGUCAACGAGAUCACCAAACUUUACAACUCCCUCUCCUCUGAAAAGAAGGAGAAGUGAUCGCUCUCUCGCACAAACUAGAUAAGGUCUGACAUUAUUGUAACAUUAUUACUCGUAAUAAACAAAUGUCUUAUUUAAA